GGGAUGCCAAACCCCUACAUAACCGGAAGAAGAGAAGAAAGGCCACUGGCGAGGUCACUUCCAGUACUUGGAGGUGAAAGCAACGUUCCCAUUUACAGCUGAGUAACAGGAACCAAAAGGUAUGUCUGACUCAAAAGUUCAGGCUCUCGAUGACUGUGUGGAACUGCCCAGUGUGUCUUGUUCAAUGUAACCUCAGGACCUAGAACAGCACCUUGAAUGUGCUCUCAGGUGGUUACUCUGAUGGCCUCACGGUCCUGCCUGAAACAGAAAGACCUGCCACCUACUUCUGUAGCAUCAAGACUUCUGUUCUGUGGCUAAGCUUCCUGCCUGUGCAAUAGCGGCAGGGAGGGGCCAAAUGCACGCGCCACUGGGGCCACGCCUCCUGGUAAAGAUAUAAAGAGUGAUCCUUGGGACUGGCCAUCAGAGCUACCCUGCCUUCACCAUGAAGUCCAGCGGCCUCUUACCUCUCACCGUACUCCUUGCUCUGGGGAUCCUGGCACCCUGGACUGUGGAAGGAGGCAAAAAUGAUGCCAUCAAAAUCGGAGCCUGCCCUGCUAAAAAGCCUGCCCAGUGCCUUAAGCGUGAGAAGCCACAGUGCAGUAAUGACUGGGAAUGCCCGGGAAAGCAGAGGUGCUGCCAAGAUGCUUGCGGCGUCAAGUGCAUGAAUCCUGUUCCCAUUCGCAAACCAGUGCUGAGGAAGCCUGGGAGGUGCCUCCAAACUCAAGGAAGAUGCAUGAUGCUUAACCCUCCCAAUCACUGCCAGAGGGACGGGCAGUGUGAAGGCAAAUACAAGUGCUGUGAGGGCUCGUGUGGGAAAGCCUGCCUUCUCCCGAUGGGAGCCUGAUCCCUGCCAUUGGCGAUGGCUCUGGACUCCUGCUUUGUGCUCUGGAAACUACUCCCUGCUCCCAGGCUUCCCGGCUCCGGGUUCCAUGGCUCCCAGCUCCCCGUAUCCCAGGCUUGGGUCCUGUGGACCAGGAUUCCUUCUGCCACUAACAUCUCCUUUUGGCCCUGCUCAGCAUUCACAGAGCUUUAAGGAAAUGCUGUUGGAGAGCAAAUAAAUAAACACAUUCAUUUCUCAAUGCA